CCCACGGCCGUUACGCGGUGUCUCCGCUCUCCUGAGGGAGGGCCGGCGCGGGCCUGGCGGUCUCUACGUGGUCUCUGGUUUCGCUGUCGAUGAUGUAGUGUAACUUAAUGGGUGUUUUCUGGAGUAAAACAACAGCGGCCGUAAUCUUUCCCCCUGCACUUAACGUGCUUCAGUGGCGCAGGGUUAAGACUGGCUUCCCGGGCACUUAAAAUAUUAAAUGCGCAACAGUCUGAUUUAAAAGCAGCUCCGCACGACCCUCUGCACCCACCUUUACAGCUCAAUAAGCGAGUCGGCAUAAAAUAUGACCGAUAAAAGACACCAAUACUACACACUGUACACUCCACCUAUACGAAAUUAAAACGUAGUAAUGAUUUUAUAGAGAACCUUGAGAACAAAUAAAAGACGGGAGCUAUUGUUUUAAGCCCAAUAGUCCUACGCAGAGUUAGGACACCCACCGGACGCUCAGAGCAGAAGGAGACGAACCAAGCAAAAACCCAGACCUUCAACCUUCUUCUUGCAGCUCUUACCAAUAAGGACCGAUAACUUCAUCACCUUGCUAGUGAAACCUGCAGGAUGAUAAAAUAAAGCAAAAAGCUAUUAUUAUUUCAAGAGAACCCAUUUUGUUUGUGUCGUUAGACCGGUCUAUCUAUAGUGCUAGCACUUCCUCGUUUAGCCAGAUCAAUUCCUAAUUACAGCUACCAAGCACCACUGAGACGCUUUUCUUAACUCCAGGAAUAGCUUCUUAUUUUAAUCAUUUAUUUUACCUUUUCUUUCUUGAAAACUCCUACAUGAAUGUCCAGCCCAUUGAAACCAAUGGUAAAUAGACCAUUAACCUCUUUGAGGUCCUGUUUUCGAAUCUUAAGUCUACACAUAUAUACUUUAGUGAGUUGCCCUGGUGCCAAGGGGCCACUGGGUUACUGUCUGGCAUUUCCACAUAUUUUUACAAUCCCAAAAAGUAAACAGUAGUUCGAUUUAGGUGUAGAAAGAUGAAUUAGACUUGGCUUAUAUUGCUAAACAUUCAUCCAAAACACAGUCUUAAAACUUGAGAAGAAGUUACCAGUAUGCAUGCCUUGUCACUAAGACCUAAAAGUACCCAAAACAUUCUCACUGGCUUUUUUUGAAUAACAUUACAUUUUCAUCUAAUGGGACAGAAACACAGUUGGUUAUAAUUAGAUAGUCUGAUUUUUUGAAAGAUAAAACAGUGUUUUAGAAUUGCAUCUCAGUGCCUCUACAAUCCAUGGUUAGUACCCUAGAUCUGGUAUUUAGGGAUUCAUUCAUUAGAACAGCUGACAGUUCCUCGGACAAAUUUAGGUAGACAGUAAAACUGCUUUGAGGUACCUAUAGAUUUUCAUUCCAUGCAGAUGUAGGAGAGUGUUGAUAUUUAAAAAUGGGAUUAUUAAAAAUAUUGGUUGUCUUGCACCUUCUGUUUCAGUAUAGCAAAUCCUCGCCCAUCAAACCCUACCCUUAAGGUUUGUCCCAGUUCUGUCCCCAAAUCCUCCUCCCUUCCCACCUAGCCCAGUAGCUACCAUGAACACUUCUGCAACUGGCAUAAAGACUUCUGGAACAGACUGUACCAGGCUGCAUGUGGUGGAACGGGGAACAGGGAUGACAGACUGAGAUGGAACAAAGACAGGUAUGAGAAUGGUUGGAAGAUAUGACAAGAGAUGGCAUUAUCAGAAGAGAGGUGGUUCUGAAGUCAAAGGUGAACAAAACAUGGCUGAUAAUCUGAGUUUCAAUUGAAUAUCACCAUGGUGGCACGCUGGGGCACGGGACUUAGAUACAAAACAGCAGGUCCAGAGCAGCAGCUCACAAUGAAAUCUUUCUAAACUUGCUCAGGUAGUACCAAGUGAAGAUUUGUCUGCAAACUGCAUUUAGGGAAAACGUGAGAAAAGAGACUGUUGGUAAUUGAAGUAAAUUGCAUGCGACAUCGGUUAACUAGACUGUGGCAAUAAAACUUAGUCCAUUAAAAACAAACAAUUCUCUUGGGAUGCCCUGGUAAGUUUUUCCUUGUUUGAGUUUAAUCUUCUAAAUCUAUGGCUAAGUCCUAAUUUUAGAAUUUACAGCCUGCCUAGUGUUAUGCAGUUCAAUAUUUUUUUCUUUGCAUUGUGUCAACUUAUCCUUUAAAGUCUGGAGAGACGGAAAUAAGUUUGAGUUUGAUACGUAUGACGAACUGUUAGCUCCAAAGAAGUAAAAGAAUUACUGUCAUCUUGCAGUGUCACUGUGUAUUCAAAUGUCUAUCUUAAAUAAAGAUUCAAAAUGGAGAGUGGGCAUUGCAAACCUGCUCUCUAGCAGCAAGUCUGUACCCAGGAGGGUCAGAUACAAAACGAGAAUAAGCCAUAAGUGUAUUCAUUUAAACUUGGGACAUUUUCUUAGAGAACAAAAAUAAAAUUGGCACUUACUAUUUCUACAAUGUCAGGAUACACUACUACUUGAACAAAGCCUAUCAAUUUAGUUCAGAGACUGUUGAUUAGCUGGUGGCUUAUGAUUUACUCCACAGUCAAACACUUGAUUUGAAUUUAUAACUAAGGGAUCAAAAUUCUAUAUCCUGUGAACUGAAAGUUACAUUAGAUCCUGGGAAAUGGUGUAACCCAAAAUAGGGCAGAGUUUUUCCUCUGGGUCUCUGAAAAUGCCAUUCUUAAUAUUUAAUUUACCUAAGAUCAGUGCUAAUGCCCUGCCUGAAGCUAAGAUGGAGCAGUAUCUUUCUGCCACACGUAGUGAAGGUACAUCUGGAACAAACUAGAAGUGAUAAAGACUUCUUUCUAUCUACAGAUAAUGAAAUCAUUUCAAGUUUACCACUGCAGAUGUCCCUCUAUUUCAACGUUUAUUUUUUCCCACUGUGGUGGCUCAGCACUGUUGUCAUGCUCCAGCUGAAGUAUCCAGUCUUGUCAGAUUACUACAAGUUCAUUGUGGUCACAGUCAUCAUCCUAGCCUCUCUGAUAGAGGUCAUCCGGCUCUACCUAGGAUACAUGGGCAAUCUCCAGGAGAAGGUCCCUGAGCUGGCUGGGUUUUGGCUCCUGAGUCUUCUCCUGCAGUUGCCUAUAAUUCUCUUCUUGCUGUUCAAUGAAGGUCUGAAAAUCCAGCCACUGGAACGAGCAGUCAAUAUCAUCUUUGCUCUCUUCCUCACCUUCCAAGUCAUUGCAGCUUUUCUCACCCUGAAAAAAAUGGUAAACCAACUGGCUACUCACUUCCGCCUCAAUGAGUUUGACCGGCUGGAGGAACACCCUGUACCUGAUUUUUACAGCCUAGGAAAAGAAGAGAGUGCAUUCCCCAUGGCUGCUAGGGGCCCGUAUUGAGGAGGUUCUCCCAAUAAGUGUCGACUGGGGACCUGCAGUGAGGGCCUGAGAAGUUACCUGAGGAAUGCCUCAUGCUGCUGCAGCUCCAUUUCCAUUUUUUGAGUCGUUCUUGACCUUUCUAUUUCAGAGACAUUAAAAAAAAGAAACAGAUUUUGCUUAACAGCCAACAUAGCCAACCACAAAGAUCUGAGCUCCACUCUGCAAGAAAAAUGGAAGCCUAUUAUAUAACUAGUCAAGUUGACUGAUUUAUUUGCAGACUGUUACUGGGUAGAGCACUUACGGAAUAGAUUUGGUAGUUUUUACAUUUUACAAAGCCAUGUGCUGUGUUUAAAAAAAAUCCAGAACUAUUUGCACAGUUUUUUAUUUUUA